UGUUAUCUACUCACCACCACGUCCAUUGUAUAUAGUAGUGCUCUUUAAAAAAAGAAGAAGCUCAGAAUAUGAAACAAACUGGUUGUUGUUUUUCUUCCGACUUCCGCCUCGGUGUCGUCAGACGUGACCAUCUAGACGAGAGUAAUCAACUACCGCUUGUGAUUUAUCGUUUACUUCAGUCUUUUUACUGUUAAGCUAGCAAGUUUAUAGUUGGCCGAUUGUAGCUUCUUGUCUUCCCGUUUGCUAAUACAACUAUUCAGCUAUGAACUUCGCUUGUGUCUUACGUUCAUCGGCCACGGGACUUCGUUGAACGGCGACUUUUGGAGAUCACCGUCAUAUUGUGUCCUGGGCAACAUCGAAAGACUAACAGGUUAACAGGUUUAGCUACCGUUAGCCAUGGCCCUGUCCUGGUUGACAUGACAACUUUCCCGACCUGCUGAUGUUCCGUGUGUCAUCCCUGUGAUAUUCCUGCCCGGUGGACCAUCUUAAACAACACAGCAUGGAUGAGGAGUCUGUAGACCAAGUGUCCAGUCUGUCUCCUCUUCGCCACAACGCUGGAGCUGACUGUAACCAUGGUGACCAGAGCUCACUGUUGAGCCAGCGGGAGAUGGUGUUGGAAAACCACGAUUAUCUCCAUCACCGUUUAACACUGGCCUCAAAGGUUUCAGAGGAAGAGAGAGGAGCGUGGUGUGAGUCUGAUGUCCCUGUAGUACAACAGAACAACCUCGACAACACAACAUCAUCCACUAAGAAGUCUUUCCCUUGCUCUGUGUGUGGCCGACUCUUCACUACAAAACAGUCCCGGGACCCACACAUGAAGACCCACACGGGAGAGAAGCCGUUCCACUGCACCGUGUGUGGGAAGAGCUUCUCUCAGCAGUCCUCCUUUAGGAUACACCAGAAGAGCCACACGGGGGAGAAGCCCUACCGCUGCCUUGCACCUGACUGUGGGAAGAGCUUCUACCAAUCAGGAGCCUUGUUGAGACAUGGAAGGGGUCACGCUGAGGGGUCGACAAGACUAAGAGCUGCUGAAGAUGUGCUGCCACACCAACCGGAGCUGCUUGUCCAACAGGACGAUACUAGUAACGAGAAUUCUAAACUUCAGGCUGUAGUGGAUGUUCUGCCAGAGCAAGAGGAUGUCCGUCUGGCUCAAGGAGACAGUCCUGCCCCUCCUCCCGGCUCCGUCCCCUCUACACCGGGAGGACUACCUGUCCAACACCAGGAGAACCACAACCACACUUCCAACACCUGUCAGAAGUGCGGAGAGCAGUUCCCUACCUUCUACAAGCUGCGUGUCCACCUGACCACCCACAGGGGAGAGAAGCCCUUCUCCUGUCCAGACUGUGGUCAGCGCUUCUCAGCCCGGGGUUACAUGGAGUCACACCAGAGGGUACACAUCAAGGAGAGACCACACCCCUGCCCCGACUGUGGUAAAAGGUUCCUCUCCCUGGGAGACCUGAAGAGACACCAGCAGAGCUUCUCCGAGGAGAGACCGUACAGCUGCUCCGAGUGCAGGAAGAGUUUCACCCAGCCGGGGUUCCUCAGGGCACACCAGAGGACACACACCGGGGUAAAAGGUUACCGCUGCCCCUACUGUCACAAGGACUUCUUCACUGCCUCCAGUCUGAGGAGACACAGGAAGCAGGCGCAUGCGGAAGAGACCGUCACGCUGCCCCCUAGUGGUGGACUCCAGCUGUCACAUGCUGGAGAGAGCCUGGGUCAAGCUGAAGCUGGUGUACCAGGACUGAAGAUCAUAGUGAAGGAGGAGGAGGAGGAUCCUGUUUUUGAACACAGUUCUAACAACCACCACUCUGAGACUACUGAGGAGAGUCUCCCUGCAGCCGUAGAGCAUAAACAACAACAACAUAAACAGCAUCACAGCUGUCACAGAAGAGUCCACUCCUGCCUUGUGUGUGGAAAGGAGUUUCCCAUUGCAUACAAGCUACAAGUCCAUAUGAGAAUCCACACUGGAGAGAAGCCUUACUCCUGCUCAGUGUGUGGGAAGAGCUUCGCCCAGAAGGGGAGCCUGACGCUCCACCAGAUCGUCCACACCGGAGAGAAACCUUACUCCUGCCCCGACUGUGGGAACACCUUCUCCCAGAUGAUUAGCCUGAAGAGACACCAACUGCUGCACACGGGAGAGAGACCGUACCGCUGCUCCGAGUGUGGGAGAAGCUACACCCAGCAGAGAAACCUGAGGGCCCACCAGCUGAAGCACACCGCAGAGAGACUUCACCGCUGCUCUGUGUGUGGGAAGAGCUUCUUCACACCCUCAGGACUCAGGGAUCACCAGAGGUCUCACACAGGAGAGAAACCAUUCCCUUGCUCUGUGUGUGGGAAGGGCUUCUCACGGCCUGGUCCCCUGAGAGAACACCAGCAGACUCACACAGGAGAUGGUGGACAGGUGGAGCGAGACCGCGGCAAGGACCCUGGUGACCGAUCGAGACCCAAACCCAAAGAGUCCCUGGGUGAAACUCUGGGACUGAAAAUUAUAGUUGAAGAACUGGAGAAAGAAGAGGAGGGGAAGGAGGCGAGAGAAGAAGAGGAUGAGGAAGUUGGUGGUUUGAUCAAUUCCGACGGAGAGGAAGUUGGUCACGUUUCUCUUUCUAGAAAAAGCCCUGUCCCAGUCUUUGUUAGCGGUGAGAUUCCCUCUACAUCAACAGAACCUGAACAACACCAAAAAAUCCAGAUGAAACGAUACAGAACCAAGAAGCCUCACCUCUGCUCGGUGUGUGGAAAGGAGUUCCCUAAACCAUCGAAGCUAGUUGCACAUCUCCGCACACACAGUGGAGAGAAACCCUUCCGCUGCUCUGUGUGCGGUAGAGGUUUCUCCACAGGGGGUAUCACCCUACAGAGACACCUUCUGACGCACACAGGGGAGAAACCUUACCACUGCUCUGUCUGUGGGAAGAGGUUCAUCCAGCGAGGGAAUCUGUUAAAACACCAGAAGGUACACACUGGAGAGAAACCUUACUCCUGCUCCGUGUGUGGACGGCGUUUCCCUCGAUUUGAGCGUCUGAAGGACCACCAGCGGACACAUACAGGAGAGAAACCUCAAUCUUGCGAUGUCUGUGGGAUGAGGUUCUCCUACGCAUCCUCCCUCAAGGUCCAUCGCAGGAUGCACACCGGGGAGAGACCUUACCAGUGCUCUGUCUGUGGGGAGAGCUUCAACUCAACAGCAAACCUGAGGAAACACAGACAGUCCCACACUGGAGAUAAAGGGUCUGCUAACAUGAAGAGGGGUCGGCUCCUGAGGUCGUCCCACACUGGAGAGGGGUCUGCUGCUGUUACUGGAGGAUUUCAGACUGCUGGUGGUGAUGCUCUGGGAACCGUGGUCAAAGAUGAAAGCUCUCUGGGUCCUGACCCAGGCCACGGUGAAGGCUGCAGUCAAACAUCUACCAUAUAUAUCGAUAGUAAAGAAGAGGAGGAGGAGGAGGAGGAGGAGGAGGAGGAAGAAGUUGGUGGUUUGAUAAAUUCAGAAGGAGAAGAAGUUAAUUGGGAUUACCUCAGUCCUGGAUCUUCAGCAUUGCAGGGCCCGAAGUCAGUUUCUGAAAAGUUUGAGAACCAAGUCGAAGAUGACGAUGAGGAAGAAGAGGGAAUUGGUGGUCUGAUCAAUUCAGACGGAGAAGAAAUUGGUUGGGAUCGUCAUCGUAUCAGACAGCGUGCCAGCCGUCCUUCUGACAGCGAGGAGAGUCCCUCCGCAUCAGGAGAACCUGGACAACACCGGGAGGAUCACAACAACACCGACGGGAGGAUCACAACAACACCAGGAGAACCUGAACAACACCGGGAGGAUCACAACAACACCGACGGGAGGAUCACAACAACACCGGGAGAACCUGAACAACACCGGGAGGAUCACAACAACACCAAGUCUCACCACUGCUUUAGAUGUGGGAAAGACUUUGCCAACAUCUCUAACCUGCGGCGACACCAGAAGAGACACUCAGGAGAGAGUUCCGAACACAGAUCUGACAGCGAAGCCAGGAAGUCCCACUGCUGCCCAGAAUGUGGAAGAGACUGUAAGAAGCUAUCAGCUCUACAAAAACACAUGAAGAUCCACACAGGAGAAAAGCCGUACCCUUGCUCCGUGUGUGGGAAACGGUUCCGUGAAAGAACAGCCCUACGCGACCACCAGAAAGUGCACACGAGAGAAAAACCUUACCCUUGCCCCGACUGUGGGAAGAGGUUCGCUCACUCGGGAGCUAUGAAGAGACACCUGCUGACGCACACCGGAGAAAAACCUUACUCCUGCUCUGUGUGUGGGAGGAGCUACACCCAGAAAGGGCGACUGAGCGAACACGAGCGAACACACAGCGAUGAGAAACACGACUGUUCUGUCUGUUGGAGGAGCUUCGCCAAAGCUAAGGCCCUCGUCGCUCACUUCAGAACCCACACUGGAGAGAGACCCUACAGCUGUGAGGAGUGUGGAAAGAGCUACGUGCGAACCCAGAACCUCCGAGCCCAUCAGAGGAAAAGUCACAGCAGCUCGCUACCAAACCCUGGGACUGGGACAGGGGAAAACCUGGCUGCAGGGGUGAAGAGUGAAGAGGAUUCUAUUAGUAUCAGUGAUGAAGAAGAGAAGGAGUUGAUGCUAGCAGGGUGGAGGAACACGAGGACUAGCCAUUCACAUUAGGAUAAAUUCCUCUUUGUGCUGACCAUCUCGAGACCCCGAAUGAAUAGAAUGGACCAAAGCAAGGACUAGCCAACCACAUAGGAUUUCCUGCAUCCAAAAUGGUACCCUAUUCCCUAAAUACCAGGUCCUGGUUAAAACUAGUGCACUAUAUAUAGGGAAUAUGGUGUCAUUUGGGAUGCAGAUAGAAUCUGUGGUGAUGAUCUGUAGACAAAGAACCAAUAGAAUAGACUGUAGUUCUAAUUUCCACCAGAGGAGGGCAGCAAAGUCGGACAAAUUAUUAGUGUUGAGAAAUUUUGUUUUAUCUAAAACAUACUUUUAGUCAUGUAGUGUAUGUGGACACCUGCUCAUCUAACAUCUCAUUCCAAAAUCAUUGGCUUUAAUAUGGAGUUGGUCCCAACUUUGCUGCUAAAACAGCCUCCACCUCUUCUGGGAAGGCUUUCCACUAGAUGUUGGAACAUUGCUGCGGGGACUUGCUUCCAUUCAGCCACAAGAGCAUUAGUGAUGUCGGGUACUGAUGUUGGGCGUUUAGGCCUGGCUCGCAGUCUGUGUUCCAAUUCAUCCCAAAGGUGUUCGAUUGGGUUGAAGUCAGGGCUCUGUGCAGGCCAGUCAAGUUCUUCCACACUGAUCUGAACAAACCAUUUCUGUAUGGACCUCACUUUGUGCACGGGGACAUUGUCAUGCUGAUACAGGAAAAUGCCUUCCCCAAACUGUUGCCACAAAGUUGGAAGCACAGAAUCGUCUAGAAUGUCAUUGUAUGCUGUAGCGUUAAUAUUAGUAGCGAACUUUACACCACUCUGCCCGAUGCUUGGUAUUGCGCAUGGUGAUCUUAGGCUUGUGUGCGGCUGCUCGGCCAUGGAAACCCAUUUCGUGAAGCUCCCGACUAACAUUUAUUGUGCUGAUGUUGCUUCCAGAGGUGAUUUGGAACUCGGUAGUGAGUGUUGCAACCGAGAACAGGCUAAUUGUUUUUUCUCACACUUCAGCACUCUGCGGUCCUGUUCUGUGAGCUUGUGUGGCCUACCACUCUGUGGCUGAGACAUCUUUGCUCCAAGAAGUCUCCACUUCUCAGUAACAGCAUUUACAGUUAGUUGAAAUGUGGCGUCCUAUGACGAUGAUGCCACAUUGAAAGUCACCGAGCUCAUCAGUAAGACUAUUUUACUACUUUGUCUAUGGAGGUUGCAUGGCUGUGUGCUCGAUUUUUAAACGGAUGUGACUUAAAUAGCCGGAUGCACUAAUUUGAAGGGGUGUCCACAUACUUUUGUAUAUAUAGUGUAUAGAAGGGUUGUCUUUUUUUUUUUUUUUUGAACAGCAUUGUUGGUUAGGGGCUCAUAAAUAAGCAGUUCACUGUAAAGUCUGCACCUGUUGUAUUCAGCGCAUGUGACUAAUAAAAUUUGAUUGUCACGAAAAGGAUGUGCGCAAGUCGAUGGGGCAGAAGGCCAUGAGUUGUUAUGAUUCUGAACGUCAUAGCAACAAUGACAAGAAGUUGCCAUAGUUCCGUCUUGUUCUCGAUACCAUGUCUUGUUUUGACUGAUGUCUCAUCUACGCUAAUAUGGCUAAAAUUAACUAGCAUGCUAGCUAACCAACAACGAUGUAUUUGAGCGAUUUGAACAAGUGCUCAUUGUGCAAAUGUAUUGGUUUUCAAAAAAAAACAUUUGUAGAAUAAAAAUAUAGUUUACAUAU